AUGGAAUGUUGUAAGAGAGUUGGAGUUGAAGGUGGCAAGCUUCAGCUAGAUUCCUUUGGAAUUGAACUCGAGAUCCCUCCCGGUGCAAUUGACAGCGAAGUGCCGCAGGACAUUUCUCUUCGUGUCUUGACAGAUACUCCCAUUCUUGGCAACAGCAAAAAAGAGAUGUCAGCCUGCUUUGGUGUACAGUGUUUAGCCCCUGAUGACUUAGUCCUUAAGUUACCAGUGACUUACACAAUACCUCACUGUGCUGUGAUUACACAAUACCCACGUGUGGAGGCAGUUUUGUACACGGGAGAGGGAGAAUACUCACCCGAUAUAGUGGAAGAGCAAGGCCAGCGAAUACCUUAUAGCCUGUUCCUUGAAGAGUUUGCUACCCUACUUGACUCAUUUGUUCUUGAUCCCUCCGAAGUUGUCCUGACAGGGGACUUCAAUGUAUGGGUCGACGAUUUCAAUGACGUACGGGCAAGGCAGUUUAUGAACAUACUUUCAUCCUACGGAAUGAAGCAGCUUGUACGAGAAGGGACUCAUCUACAUGGCCACACACUUGAUUUGCUUAUUACUCGGGAUUCAGCCACUCUUGUUUCUGAUGUAUCUGUUAUCCUUGGAGUAUCUGAUCACCACGCUGUCCAGUGUAACCUUGAUUUAAGAAAGCCGUCUACUUCUCGCAGGACUGUCACAACUCGCCCUCUACGAUCAAUGAACAGAGAACAAUUCCGAUCUGGAGUCCAUGAAUCUUUGUCAGAAAUUGACAUUGAGGAUAGCAGCAUCUCUUCGUCUGUCGAAAGAUAUGAUCUCUCUCUCACUAGUCUUCUUGAUAAGCUAGCACCUCAAAAGACUAGAAGUGUUAUCAUCAAACCUUCGAGUCCAUGGAUGACUGAGAAAAUCCAUGCUGCUAAGUGCCUUAGAAGACGCCUUGAGCGCAAGUGGAGGCGUACUAGAAGUGAAGAAGACUGCAAAUCAUAUGUGACACAGCGUCAGGUUGUUUCCCAAGAAAUUGAAAAGGCAAAAACUGAAUACUAUUCAGAGUGUGUUGCAGAAUGCGAAGGAAACCAAAGACGUCUCUUCACUGUAGUAGACGCUCUGCUGCAUCGAAAGAAGGAAACUGUUCUUCCGGGUGCUUCUUCUGACCAAAUACUGGCUGAUAACUUUUGUCAUUAUUUCUUCAACAAGGUCACCAAGAUCCGUGAUGACAUUGAUGUCGAGCUUUCGUCAGGACAGUGUGUACAGCAUGAUGAGUCAUCAUCUGUUCCAGUUUUGACUGAUUUCGCUAAAACUUCUAUUAGUGAGAUCAAGAGGGUUGUCAUGAAUUCUCCAACAUCAUCAUCCUCAAUGCAACGUACUCUUGUGAAGCCUCUCUUGAAAAAACCGAAUCUUGACAGACAAGACUUUGCAAGUUAUCGACCUGUGGCAAAUCUAAGCUUCCUAUCGAAGGUUAUCGAACGCAUAGUAUCCGCUCGUCUUCAGUCCUUCUUGAAUGACAAUAACCUUCAAGACAACUUCCAAUCAGCCUACAGAGAAAAACACAGUGUUGAAACUGCCCUCUUACGAGUGCAAAAUGAUAUCCACACCGAAAUGGAUAGUGGAAAAGUAACUGGGCGAAUUCUGCUCGAUCUGAGUAGUGCAUUUGACACGGUCGACCAUGUUAUACUCCUAGAGAGACUUCAGUUUAUGGGCAUUGGUGGACAGGCUCACCAGUGGUUAACAUCUUAUCUCUCAAACAGAUCGCAAAGGGUUUGUGUACGCAGUGCUGUCUCUAAGACAGUUCAUCUUGGCUUCUCUGUGCCUCAGGGAUCGGUACUUGGGCCACAACUCUUCAACAUUUACACUCUUCCCCUUCAUGAUAUCAUCAAGAGGCAUAAUCUCAAGCACCAUAUGUAUGCUGAUGACACGCAGAUAUACUUUUCGUGUUCUCCCACACAAGGGGAAGUUGAUGCCUGGAUUGCUCGUAUUGAAGCCUGUAUAAGUGACAUUAGGAAUUGGAUGAAGGAGAUUUACUUGAAGCUCAAUGACGACAAAUCUCAGUUUGUUAUGCUGGGUUCCAAGCAGCAACUCGCCAAGUCGGUAACCCCCUAUCUGAAUAUUGGUUCGUCAUCAAUUACUCCAGUGAAGAAAGUUCGAAAUCUUGGAGUUAUUUUUUACUCCAAUAUGACCAUGGGGUCGCAAGUAUGA